UCGACCCUUCAAGUGGCAAAAUGGUCAAAUUAAUCAUCUUUACUCUUAUUUUAUGCAUCAUACAGGAUCAAUUAAGUCACGGGUGCUUAAUUACUAAUUGUCCAAGGGGUGGAAAAAGAAAUGGAAGGAUUAAUUCCCUGGAUACAAACAUUAAACAAUGCAUUUCAUGUGGACCAGCAAGAAGCGGGCAAUGUUUUGGUCCGGGGAUUUGUUGCGGACCUUUUGGGUGUUUAAUCGGAACCCCUGAUACAUUAAAAUGUUUAAAAGAAGGGCAAUUCCAUGAAAAUGAACCUUGCAUCGCGGGGAAUAGUUCUUGCAGAAGAAAUUCGGGGAGAUGCGCCUCUGAGGGGAUUUGUUGCACUCAAGAAUCAUGCCACAUGGAUAAAUCGUGCAUUUUUGAAGAAAAACGUGAAUUAACCAUCCCUUUGGAGUUAUACAACUUGUUUGGGUAUCAAAACGUCCCGGAAUACUCCAACGAAUGACUUAAUUGAUAUUUAAAAAAAUUAAUCAAAUAAAUAUCCCUAAAUAAAUAAAUUUAAUUAAUUAAAACAUUUUAAUCCAACCUACCU